AAAUAAAGAAAAAACAAACUUACUGGUAGUGUACAUUAGAGCAGGAAGUGCAGAUUAAAAAAAAAAAAAAAGCCACAGAGGGGGAAACAAAAAAACGUAACUAAACAUAUGCAGUAGAUAUUGGUGUAUAUUUACAUGGUUUUUUGGUCUGUCUUUUCCACACGGUGACUCAGACAGUAGAUACGCGAUGUUGAAAUCAGUUUCUGGUCACAGAAGAGAAAAAAACAGAAAACUACAGACGUACAUUAGAGCGGGAAUUGUUUUGAUUUUUUUCUUUAAAGCCACAAAGGGGAAACAAAUAAAAAUUACAAAAUUCAGAUAAAGAAAGGUAGUGAAACACUGAAGUUUAAAGAAAGGGAAGUGAAACCUUAAAAAAGAAACCGGUCUGUCAUCAAGAAAGAGAAGAUAAAAACUGAGAGGUUUAUAAUGCAAGCCAGGAAUUAAGAGAAACCAUGCAUCAUUACAUGAAAGUGACACCGAGACCAUGGGGAAAAAGAGGGCGUCGAACGCAGAAUCCUCCUUGUUAUUCCACACUGGUGCUUUGGUAUUUGAGUGCUUUACCUGCUCGACCCGUUUCAUACCCUGUCAGGCUGCUUCACCCAUGACAAUAAUAGAGCGACAGUUCUCUGUCACGCCAACACCUGCGGAUGACAGAUCGCAAAUACGACAUCUUUUACUCUUUAAAUACAUAAGCAGGGUCUGGCAGCUUCACACAGCACCUCUACCUGGCAAAGAAAAGUGUAAAGGGGGGAAAAAGGAGAAGAAAAGAUGAUUGGAGUGAAUUUUUAAAGAGGUUUGAAAGCUUAAAGUGUGAGAGAAAAACAAUUCAUAGCGUGAGCUUGCUUUCACCAAAUAAAUUAGAGUGAACUAGUUUGUUUGAAAAGUUCAGCUCCAAAAACACGUGUUUCUUUUUUUGUUCUUCUAUAUAUGUAUACGUGCGUGUGAGAGAGAGCAUGGACACGUGAGUUGAUAAGAAAGCCGAGCUCUGCUCUGGGUGUGUGUAAGGUUGUCUUAUUGUCACACUCCCUCUCAGGUCGGUUGUAAACCCUGUUGAACCUGUUACCGCCCGAAUACCUAUAACACUGUUUUUCCUGAAACAAUAGGGAGUUCUGACUGACCUCUAACGAGGAUUCAAGCAGAGAUACAUUUUACCUUUGGCGUAUUAUUCUGUUACUCACCUUUGGACUAUAAACAGACUUUCCUUAUCCUCGGAUGACUUGGACUUUAACCUGAUAUUUCCUGUUUAUGCUCAAAUACUGGACUUGCAACGAUCAUCACUGCAAGGAAGAAGAAGGUGACUGCAUCGCUAUGAACCCGCUUCUUUAAUUCACUUAAGAGACACAUUGUCCUUCAGGCCUGACGGGAUCCCCAUUACUUCUCGUGGGUCUGUUUAAAAUUGGAGUCUCGACGUGCAAAAGCUCUGACUGUUUACAUCUGAUUGAGCGGAGGCAGCUCUUGUAGCUGCAUAUUUGGACAAGAUGAUGGAAGAGGUGUCCAUGGUCAAUGCUUACGAUGCCCAUGCAAUCGAACAGAUGAGCGAGGAGGAGAUUUUUGCCUGUCUGGAGUCUGAAACAGGACCUAAAUUCACAGUACCAACAAAGAAAGCUAAACUGAAGGAGUGCCGGCUUCAAAUAAUGGAUGAUGAGGAAGACACUUUGGACAAAUAUGUGAAGGAAAACCGUCAGCUUCAGCAGGCCAGCCUUCGUCUGGAGCAGGAAAAUGACAAUCUGGCCCACAAAUUGAUCACCAGCAAGGUGGCCCUGAGGAACGCUCUAGACAAGGCGGAGGACAGAGUGGACGAACUAACCAAAGACCUUAUGGAAACUAGACAGCAACUGCAGACCACAGAAGAGGAGAAAAGAGGGAAAGAGGAGGAAGAUGCCAUGCUGAAGGAAGUGUUUCGGAGAGAAAUAGAAAAGGCUGAGCAGAAACUCAAAAGGUCGUCUGGUAUCAUUGCAGACUACAAACAGAUCUGUUCUCAGCUGACAAACCGCCUUGAAAGCCAGCAAGCCGCCCACAGAGAGGAGAUGGAUUCACUUAAGAGUGCAAUAAAAGCUUGUUCCCACUGUCAACACGUCGUGAAUUCAGAUGAAACGUCCGACAUAGGUGGGGACUCAGGAACGGCUGCGCAGACAGAAGAUCAGAAAGUGACUGAACAGGGCUUGGAGGAGAUGGAUGAAGGUCCCACGCUGGAGGAGCAGAGGAGGAGGGAGCAGGAAAAGGAGCUCCUCAGGGCUCAGAUUGGGGAAUUGGAAAAGGAGCUGGUCCAGACCAAACUCCAGAUGGUGGAGGCCACGUGCAAAAUCCAGGAGCUGGAGCACCAGAAGGGAAUCCUGACCAGUGAUCUGCAGGAAGCAAAGAACAGCUGGAUCAGCAAGGCCUUCACCUCGCUGCGGACCUCCAGCGGGGGGCUUCACAGUCUUAACAUACACAAAGACGGGACUCACACAGUGGGUUGGAACCUCCACAGUGCCUCCCUCUCUGGAUGGAGCCCCAAGAAGCUAUCGUGGCCUCACAGAGUCAAUCGAGAAAAUGUCUGAGAGCUUGGACUGUGAAUGCGCAGAUGACAUAAAA